AUGGCAGAGCUUGUUCUUCUACGCGUCGCCAAAGUCACUGGAGGUGCUCCAAACAAGCUCUCUAAGAUGCAUGUGGUGAGGAAGUCGAUAGCUCAGGUGUUGACAGUGAUCUCACAGAAACAGAAGCUUGCUCUGAGAGAAGCGUAUAAGAGCAAGAAGUUUUCGUCUCUUGGUCUUCGUCCCAAGAAGACUAGAGCUAUCAGGAGGAGACUCACUAAGCAUCAAGCAUCGCUCAAGACAGAGAGAGAGAGAAGAAGAGUGAAAUGUAUUUACCAAUUAGAAAGUACGCUAUUAGGUGUAAUCUUUUCUUAA